CGCCCGGCCCUGCGGCUGCUGCUGCUGCCGCCUCUGCUGCUGCUCGCGGCGGCGCCGUCUGGCCGCGCAGCUCCCUGUGUCACUGGUGGUUUGCCUAAGCCUACAAAUGUCACCUUUUGGUCCAUAAACAUGAAAAAUGUCCUACGCUGGGAUCCCCCAGACAGUCUCCAAGGGGCUGCAGUUACGUACACUGUGCAGUACUUCAUAUAUGGGCAAAAGAGAUGGCUGAAUAAACCUGACUGCAAAAAUAUCAGUAGGACCUACUGUGAUCUUUCUGAUGAAACAUCUGACUAUGAGCACCAAUAUUAUGCCAAGGUUAAGGCCAUUUGGAAAACAAACUGCUCCAGAUGGACUGAGACUGGACGGUUUUAUCCUUUUUUAGAAACACAAAUUGGACCCCCAGAGGUUGCCUUAACUACAGAUGCAAAAUCCAUUUCUAUUGUUCUGACGGCUCCAGACAAGUGGAAGAGAAAUGCAGAAGACUGUACCAUUUCCAUGCAACAAAUAUACUCCAAUCUGAAGUACAACGUGUCUGUAUAUAAUGUCAAAUCAAAAAGAAUGUGGUCCCAGUGUGUCACCAACCACACGCUGGUGCUCAGCUGGCUGGAGCCCAACACUCUGUACUGUGUCCAGGCAGAGUCCUUUGUCCCAGGGCUCCCACGCCGUGCUGAGCCUUCUCAGAAGCACUGCAUCAGUACUUUGGAAGAUCCAACCUCAGCAUUGAAGGUUAAAAUCAUUUUCUGGUAUGUUUUGCCCACAUCUGUGACAGUGUUUCUAUUUUCUGUGAUUGGCUACUCCAUCUACCGAUAUAUCCAUGUUGGCAAAGAGAAACACCCAGAAAAUUUGAUUUUGAUUUAUGGAAAUGAGUUUGACAAAAGAUUCUUUGUGCCAGCGGAAAAAAUCAUGAUUAAUUUUAUCACCCUCAAUAUUUUGGAUGAUUCUAAAAUUCCUCAGAAGGAUAUGAAUCCAAUGGACAAAAGCAGUGAUGGAUCCAAACUCAGUGAUCCUGAGCCCUUCUGGAACCCGGAUCCCCACCCAGAGGAAGUGGAGGUGGAACACUUGGGGUAUGCCCCGCAUUUGGCGGGAAUUUUCUGUGACUCCGGGGAAAACAGCAGAGGUCCUUCCCUGACCCAGCAAGAAUUUCUCGGCAGUACCAUGGCUGUGGGCAAAGAUGCAGUGGAGUAUGAGUGUGACGUAAGGGCUGACAUUCAGGAGGGGCCUGAAGGUCACCAGUUCAGCAUGCAAGAGGUGACAUCAAGGCCAGGAAAAUCACUUCAGCAACAGGCAACUUUGCCAAGGUUGGACCCACCAACAUCAUUGUGUUCAUAUUCACCUCAGCUCAGUGACUUAUACCACCUGGUGCAGGGACACUUGGUCUCAGAGGGGCUAGAGGAAGAGCCGUGGAUGACACUGGUCACCUGGGACCCUCAGACUGGCAGGCUGUGUAUCCCUUCCUUGUCUGGCAUUGACCAGGAUGCCAAGGACAGUGAGUAUCAUGAGUCUGAUGGUCUUGCAGAGGAAGGUCUGUUGUCCAGACUCUAUGAGGCUCAGGUGCCAGACAAGCCAGCAGAGGAUGGAAAUUAUCUCCUGCGAUUCAUGGAGGAAUGGGGACUACAUGUGCAAAUGGAAAAUUAACCCUAGCAAGACUUGACUUGACCUGACCCCUACUGUGACAGGGCACAGGAGCAAAGAAGGGGAAGUGCCAGGACUGAGAGUAGCAUGGUUGUAUUCAUUGGCACCAGUGAGGAUGACAGCCCUUCUCUGCUCCCUGCACUGACUUGGGAUGGGUGCUGCCUGUAGGUCCCUUACAAAGUCCACAAGGCCCUUGGGUACAAGGGCUGCUAACCUUUGCUUUAGACAGAAUCAGCACUCAAUGUAUGUUUGCCCUGAAGGAUUGAUUCAGGCAUGGGUAUUGGGGCCAUUCUGCUUAUUAACUUUGUAACAAGCAUAAUUCUCUGAUUACUUUUUGCUAUGUGUAGAUAACACUACAAAAUAUUUCAUAAAGAUCAUUUUACAAAUACUGAUUUUCCAGAAUUUGUUGAUUAUGAGAAUGAUGAGGUACCUAGAAAUGUACAACUACAGCUGAGCUUUGGUGGUUUAUGCCUGAAAUUUCAGCACUCUGGGAGGCUCAAAAGUUCAAACCCAGCCUGGGCAAUUUAGUGAACUUAGGGAGACAAUGUGUCAAAAUAGAAAUAAAAAAGGAAAUUGUAAAGGCCUGUAGUAGAAUAAAGCCCAGGGAGAAGGCCCUGAGUUCAUCACCCACACUGCAAAAUAAGGAUAUACAUAAAUAUGUAUUAUAGGGAGCCAUUGGUCUCAGUGUGAUCAGUUCUACCAGGUGAGAAACAGUAGCAGGAAUGAGAAAAAGAUAGACAAGAAGACAA